ACAGGACCAGGAACCCAGGCACCUGGAGGGGUUGGGCCUCUCCAGAGGUGGCCCAGGGCCUGGAGGCAGCAGGCGGCCACAUGGCCACUCGGAAUCAGCGCUUACCAACCUGCCCGGGCUGGGCAGGGCGGCGGUGCCCAGAGACUUGGCGUGACUUUGUCCACUGCGCCCCCGCGUGCAAAGGCGUCGCUCACAUUCACCAGCACCCCACUCGCGCGCCGCUGCUGCCUGAGCCUGCCUGCCUUUGUACUGGCAGCAAAGGACAGACUGCUCAGAACCAUUGUGGCUGUGGUGCGUGUGUCGGGGGCUGGGGUGGGUGUGAAUUGUGAACCCCCAGGUAUGAGGGCAGCACCCGUUUGUCCCCGCAGGCGUCCCCCCGCUUAUCUGAGUCUAGCUUUUCCAGUUCUUGAAAAAGAUAAGGCGAAAGCCAAUUGGUGUGGUAUUUUUUCUUUUCUUUUCUUUUUCUUUUUCAAACUGAAAUCACGGCCUCUACGAAUCUUUGACCUCAAAGCCUGGGUGUGGUUGGGGACAGGAGAGUGAUUUCGGGGGGCAAGAGCCCCCCACGCAAGGCACGCACCGGGCCUGGCGGACUCCUGUCUCUCGGCGCGGUCGGGCGGAGUGGCUGGUUAUGUAAGAAACAGCCCUCCCUAGCUCUGCACCAUCUGUUAAUAUCUUGAUAUUGGAAAGUUCGGUGCCUGAGGCAAAGCCAGGGCUGACAGGGAACCGCUCCCAGCCUGCCCCUUACUCCUCCCGGGCAGGGGAAGCCCUCCCUCGCUCUUUGUUCGUUUAUAUCCACGUCCCUAAUAUCCAGUGGUCCUGGACCACCCCCCAUUACCAACAACCCCCUCAUCUCCGUGGGGGUGUGGGGGACGAGUGAUUUUUUUCUUCUUUGAGGUCACCUUGUUGUAAUGAACCUUUUCUAUGAAUUUAUACGUUCAUAGCAAUUCUGUGCCCUUCGAGGUAAAGUGGAGGCUUUUUUUUUCUGGUGGGGACAGAGCUUUUUUUUCUUUUUCUUUUUUUAAAUUACUUUUUCUGCCAGCCCUCUUGACUCCUAACUUCUUUGGAGUGACUCGCUGGUGUUUACUUUGAAAGCUGUUGGUUAAACAAACAUCACUCGGAGGCUUCUAAGCAGUGGGGUUCCCAAGAGAGAAAUGCGGCAGCUGCAGCUUGCCACUGAUCUGGUGGCAUUUCACUUUCUCCCCCACCACUCCGAACAAAUCCAGGUUGGGUUCAGCGACAUGCUGGGCACAGGGGAGGACAGCCAGAGAGAGGCGGACCGUCCCUCCGCCUCUAGGCAACCUGCACAGGCGGGUCUGCUCCGGGUUGCUUUUCCUUGUCUUCCUUCCUCAGGGUCCCGGGAUUCUUGAGCUGUGCCCAGCUGACGAGCUUUUGAAGAUGGCACAAUAACCGUCCAGUGAUGCCUGACCAUGACAGCACAGCCCUCUUAAGCCGGCAGACCAAGAGGAGAAGAGUUGACAUUGGAGUGAAAAGGACAGUAGGGACAGCGUCUGCAUUUUUUGCUAAGGCAAGAGCAACAUUUUUUAGUGCCAUGAAUCCCCAAGGUUCUGAGCAGGAUGUUGAAUAUUCUGUGGUGCAACACGCAGAUGGGGAAAAGUCAAAUGUACUCCGCAAGCUGCUGAAGAGGGCGAACUCGUAUGAAGAUGCUAUGAUGCCUUUUCCAGGAGCAACGAUCAUUUCCCAGCUGUUGAAAAAUAACAUGAACAAAAAUGGUGGCACCGAGCCCAGUUUCCAAGCCAGCGGUCUCUCCAGCACAGGCUCCGAAGCACAUCAGGAGGAUAUAUGCAGCAACUCUUCAAGAGACAGCCCCCCAGAGUGUCUUUCCCCUUUUGGCAGGCCUACUAUGAGCCAGUUUGAUAUGGAUCGCUUGUGUGAUGAGCACCUGAGAGCAAAGCGCGCCCGGGUGGAGAACAUCAUUCGGGGUAUGAGCCAUUCCCCCAGCGUGGCGUUAAGGGGCACUGAAAAUGAAAGAGAGAUGGCCCCGCAGUCUGUGAGUCCCCGAGAAAGUUACCGAGAAAACAAACGCAAGCAGAAGCUUCCCCAGCAGCAGCAGCAGACCUUCCAGCAGCUGGUUUCAGCCCGAAAAGAACAGAAGCGAGAGGAGCGCCGACAGCUGAAGCAGCAGCUGGAAGACAUGCAGAAACAGCUGCGCCAGCUGCAGGAAAAGUUCUACCAGAUCUACGACAGCACCGACUCUGAGAAUGAUGAAGAUGGCAACCUGUCCGAAGACAGCAUGCGCUCGGAGAUCUUGGAUGUGCGGGCCCAGGACUCGGUGGGGCGCUCGGACAACGAGAUGUGUGAGCUGGAUCCAGGACAGUUCAUCGACAGGGCCCGAGCUCUGAUCAGAGAGCAGGAGAUGGCUGAGAACAAGCCGAAGAGAGAGGGUAACAACAAAGAAAGAGACCACGGGCCAAACUCCCUGCAGCCAGAAGGCAAGCAUCUGGCUGAGACCUUGAAACAGGAGCUGAACACGGCCAUGUCCCAAGUAGUGGACACAGUGGUCAAAGUCUUCUCUGCCAAACCCUCCCGCCAGGUUCCUCAGGUCUUCCCACCUCUCCAGAUCCCCCAGGCCAGAUUCGCAGUCAAUGGGGAGAACCACAAUUUCCACACCGCCAACCAGCGCCUGCAGUGCUUUGGCGACGUCAUCAUUCCGAACCCCCUGGACACCUUUGGCAACGUGCAGAUGCCGGGUUCCACAGACCAGACAGAGGCCCUGCCCCUGGUGGUCCGAAAAAACUCAUCUGAGCAAUCUGCCUCCGGCCCGGCCGCUGGUGGCCACCACCAGCCCCUGCACCAAUCGCCUCUGUCUGCCACAGCAGGAUUCACCACCUCCACCUUCCGCCACCCUUUCCCUCUGCCCUUGAUGGCCUACCCAUUUCAGAGUCCGCUAGGUGCUCCCUCUGGCUCCUUCUCGGGAAAAGACAGAGCCUCUCCUGAAUCCUUAGACUUAACUAGGGAUACAACCAGUCUGAGGACCAAGAUGUCAUCCCACCAUCUGAGCCACCACCCCUGUUCACCAGCACACCCUCCCAGCACCGCUGAAGGGCUCUCCUUGUCGCUCAUAAAGUCUGAGUGUGGAGAUCUUCAAGACAUGUCUGAAAUCUCACCGUAUUCGGGAAGUGCAAUGCAGGAAGGACUAUCACCCAAUCACUUGAAAAAAGCAAAGCUCAUGUUCUUUUAUACCCGUUACCCCAGCUCCAACAUGCUGAAGACCUACUUCUCCGACGUGAAGUUCAACAGAUGCAUUACCUCCCAACUCAUCAAGUGGUUCAGCAAUUUCCGUGAGUUUUACUACAUUCAGAUGGAGAAGUACGCUCGUCAAGCCAUCAACGAUGGGGUCACCAGCACAGAAGAGCUGUCCAUCACCAGAGACUGCGAGUUGUACAGAGCUCUCAACAUGCACUACAACAAAGCCAAUGACUUUGAGCAGGUUCCCGAGAGAUUCCUGGAAGUUGCGCAGAUCACAUUACGGGAGUUUUUCAACGCCAUUAUUGCAGGCAAAGAUGUCGAUCCCUCCUGGAAGAAGGCUAUCUACAAAGUCAUCUGCAAGUUGGAUAGUGAGGUGCCCGAGAUUUUCAAAUCCCCAAACUGCCUACAAGAGCUGCUUCAUGAGUAGAGAUCUCAACAACUCCUUAAUGUACAAGUGGUAGCAAUCCCCUUGGAUGUCCGACUUCUAUGUCUGGACUUUGAGCUCUAUUAUAUAUGUGUGUGGAAGGCAUGGAUAUGUUGUGAAGUGAGCUGGAAAUUCCUGCUCAUCCUCUUUCUGUUCCUUUUCUUUUCCAUUUUGAGGGGAUGGGUAUUUUCCUUCUUUACCUUUAGUUUACUUUGCCCAAAGCCCUUAAUAUUCGGAGACUUAAGGUAGGGUUGGUUUUCAGGGAAAAGGAAUGUUGGCCUCUGGAAAGUCUACAUGGGCAAGACCUCUGGUUGGUCGAUCCAUUGAUCGAAAACUUCUUGCAAAUGGCAGUGGGCAGAGGUGAGCCCGUGACACAGCACCGAUCCAUACCCUGUGGUGUGUCCCUUGUUUCUAAGGUUCAGGAGUUCUGAAGGACCCAGUGAAGCCACUUCAUCCACCACCGAAAUCCCUUGUUUGACUUGAGCCAAUAAGUAACUUUUUCUUACAUGUUUAAAAAUAAUGCCAAUGGCAGCCAAAAAUCUCACAUCUCAAAAGUACCCUCGAAGAUCAGAUUUAAAAAGAAAAAUAAUCAUCACCGAGUCUUUCCUAAGAGAAAUGGCCAGUGGCCCCAGAAGCUAGCAAGUUCCAAUGGAGGCAAAACAAUUUUGUACAAAACUGACUCUCAAGGUGGGACUGGAGAUGCAUAUAGGACCUUGUAGCCACUUCUGUAAACUUUAUAACAGGCUCUUCGUAAAAAAUCGUGAGCUCUGAGAGGUCUCCAUAGAGGAAAAACCCUAAACUUUGUUGUUUUCUAUUUAUUUUGCUUCAAAUAUUAAAAAGCACGUACAUUUCAAAUGCACCCUUUGCCGUGCUGUCUUCAUGCACUUAGAAGGACUGCCCGCUCUGCUGAGCACUUUUCUCCCCCACUAAGACACUAAUUUCUGAAUACCAUUAUACAGUAAGGGAUAAAAGAAGUCCCAUUUACCACAGAAUCCUUUCCUACAGAGGGAGCUAGACCUGACCUUCACUUCCUGGGUGACCGGGCUGGUGGGGAAUGGCUCAUUUGCAUAUUCAAUUCCACCCUACCUUGAUGGAGGUGGUAGCCCCUUCACUUUAGGUAUAACAUCUUAAAGCAGCGGAUGAUGUCUCCUCUUCUUCAGAAGUUAAUAUUGACCACAGUGGGAAGGUCAUAUGUCUUACAGGCUAGUCUGGGUUACCCCGGAAGACACAGUUUCAACCCUCCUGAGAAAGCUGUUCUACCCCUUCCUCAAUGGCUGUCUUUUGGCUUUUCUUUCUUUUUUCUUCCAGUUUUUGGCUGAUAGAUCACGUCCCAUGCUUGCAUUUAAAAAAAUGAAUGGCUUUCAGAGUCUUUAGCUGGAUUUUUGUGUGCAGAUGCACAAUGAGUUCACUCUAACAGUGGUUUCCAGGCCCCUCUUUCCCCUUAGGUAAUUUGAUGUACACCCCUAAUAUGACACAGUAAUAAAUCUGGUAUUUAAAAUACACAAAACAUAAAUGCCAUUUUUCCUUAAUUUUUUUAUUUUGUAAAAAUAAACAUUUGACUUUGGAGAACACAGGUCAAUCCAUGUGACUGAGUAGCUGACCUGUCUCUGUAAUUCAACAUCAUGUAUAAAUUCUGCUGAUCGACAGGAAUGUAUGAACACAGUUAUUGUCAGCACAAAGCCUUAAAUCCCGCUGACUUUAAACUAAGCGGUGCCAUCCUGUGAGGCCCUGCAUCUUCUGGGAGACAAACAGGUCCUGGGCGUGGACACAGCGUGAACAAGCUUGGUGUGACGUACCCAUUUACCUCCAUGGCAUUUCCCAGUGCUCAUGCAUCCACACAUGCAUAUGGAAUUAUUAGAAACAAUUUGUUAUUUUUAUGACUAUCUUAAAAAGCAAAAGUCCAUUGAAAUAUAUGUCAACAAACAACAAAAUCAGGAAUCCAAUCAGCACAAACGAAGUAAUCUCAACUCUGGUCACACCCUUGACUCCUGCUUGAAAGAGCAUGACACUUUUUGCUCCUGUCAGUGUUCAGCUGAGUCUCUGCUGUUCCCUGCCAUUCAGAUCACACUGUGCUGCCCUUGGGGAGGUAAAGGCAAAGCUGUAGGGUAAUCACCUGGGUCGACGGAUUGCUAGGUAUCUUCUCAAUGUGGGUGAGUGGUGUUUGAUUCUAGACUUACUUGGAUUUCCAAAUAUCACUUUCCCCUGCCUUUCUAAUUUAAAUAGGCAAAUUGAGCAAAAAAAAAUGUGUGCUUGUAACUGUGUUGAUGCACCCAGCUCCCAAGAAUAUCUUCUCAGUGUUGACUGAGGCUUGAAAACGAUUUCAGAGUAGAAACUGCAGCAUCACAUCAGAUAAACAGUCUUUGUUCUGGAGAUAGAACUGGACCACCUGGCUCUUGGGUGGCUUCCCCUCUCCACUCCCAGGAUCCUGUGCCUCCCAGUGUGUAAGAAAAAUGACAAGAGCCUGUCAUUCAAUAUUCCUAUCAGUUUUUCAAACAACUAAAAAUAUCACUUACCUUUCCAAUCUUAGUUCAACUCUCACCAAGUGAAAAUUGGGCACACAGGAGAAAGUCAGCUUCCCACAGGAGAAGAAAGGACUGAGGGACAGUUCACACAGGAGGAAAAACCUCCAAAGUUCAUGUUGAAAUUCCAUAUGGUCACUUCUUUUCUGCUCACCCUAAAUUAUUUUUGCGUGUACACUUGAGGUGAUAGUCUGUGCCUAGACCUAAGAUGCACCAGCGGGGGGAUUUUUAAAAAAAUCCUUCAAAAUACCAGUUUUUCCCCCACAAGUUCAAUUGUUCUUGUGCCUUCUGUGGCUUUCAAUUUCAUCUUUUUUUGACUUUAUUUCCAAUUCCUACAGCUGCAAUAAACACUAGACUUUUCUUUCCUGGCUGUUUGCAUAACGUUGAUAGCUAUGCACAUUUUGUGUCUUUUUAAAACAAAGCAGGAGAAUACGUUUUUGAAGAAGAGAAUUUUUAGAACAGUUUGAUAUACCGCAAAUUAUUUUUCUCCUCACUUGUUUGAGCAGCGUUCGAGUUUUGGAAAUUCUUGUAGAAGCCAAUUUUUUGUAACUGUGGUGCAACUCUUGUGUUUUCUUAGCCUAAUGAAAGUAGGUAGAAGCAAUAUUUCAUACCAUGUGCUAUGUGCGUGCAGAAGUGUGGACAUGAAAACACACAGGCACACACAUGUAAAAAUAUACAUAUAUAUGCGUGUGAAGUGGAAAGCUUACCUUUUCUUAUCUAGAUUUAAGAGCUUAUUUUAGACAUUUGUUAUGUUUUGUGAAAAGAACGUUCUAUUUGCAACAACACACCGUUUAAUUCUUAUUGUCUGUCUGGCUGUUCAGUGAAGACGUUUCACACUAAAUGGUAAAAUACGUGGAAGAUGUUAGGAUGUAGUAAUUAUUUAAGUAAAUGUUCACCUACAUACUCCCGAAGUUUGCUUUGUGCCUCCGAGUAUUACUUAAUUAAAGUGUUUUAUGUUUGAAGAAUCUUUGUUACUGUAUUAGGGAUAUGGGUGAAUAUCAUUUUAAAAAAUUAAAAAAAAACAACAACAAAACAGAAACACUAAAGCAAGAGGGGACUUUUACAAAGCAAUGUAAAUAUUUAACCUCAUGGCUGUUGUUAUGUAAGACAUGAGAUUUUAAUAGAUAACUACAGCCUCACAGCAUCUCUUAAAUUUAUUAGGAACACUACAGCGACUGUAUAAGCAGUUGAAAGCCUUCUUGAAAAUCCUGCUCUCUACUUUUAAAAGAUAACAGUCUCUUUUUAUCAGAUGUCAAGGGCAAAGGUAACACCGUCUCUCUAAAUUUAUGACAUUUCUUUUUCUGUGUACAUGAAGACUUUUAGUAAGUACCCCUCCCACCCACACACACAACCAUAUACAUGCAAGUUCAUACCGAGUAUUAAAGAGUUUGGGGGAGUUAACAAUAGAAUGCCCCUCCAAACAACCAUAAAUGAAAGAAAAAGUGGUUUACUUUACAGAGUUCCCCAAAAGAAGCUGUGUACAUGUGUGGACGGUGCACAAUCUCUUUGCCAUGUAUAUUAUAGAGUAUUCAUUGGUGUGACUAGUACAGCUGUCUCUUUCUGGUACAUGUGUUUGCAGAUUACAAGCAUUGUUUUCAAAAAGCUCCCCUUAAAAAAUGUAACUGGUUGACACGUGUGAACAGUUACCAAUAUUGCACUUACCUGUUAUGUUGAGGGAAACACAGUUUUGCUUCUGUUGGUCUGCGUUGUAAACCAUCUAUGAAACUAACAUGAAAUUCUCAUCUUCAGAGCUGGAAUCAAAGCUGGAGUUUAACCUUUGCAUCUUCUUAUAAUUAUCCUCCUGAGAAUAUAACAGAAUGUGGAAGCUUCUGGACUUUGAGUCUUCUCACCUGGGCCCUCUCUCAAUCAGACACCCCCUAAUAUACACAAAUGUGAAUGCGACAGGCAAAUAGGCUGGCCUUUGUGGAAAUGGGUUCACUUGGCGGUUUCUCAGGCAUCCACUUCCUCUGAUGAGGGGUACAGCAGUUUAAAAUGGUGUAUUGUCACUUCAAAUUUUGACCUGGAAAAGUAAUUGUAUUUAGAGUUGGUCUCAGCUCCCUUGAAGAGUCAAAGGUCACAGCUUCCCCCAAUUUCCCCAGCCAUUUCUCAUAUGUAUAUAAUAUAAACCGUGGCAAACACUGCCUUUAUGUUAUUUUAGCAAUAUGUUGUAAAUAGCAUUAUGAAGCUCUUUUUUGUAAUAAAGACCCUUUGAUUUGAAUAUAGUACAAUAACUGAACUGAUAAAGUCAAUUUUUGAUUUUUUUUUAGCUAGAGGCAAUUUCAAUUGUGCAUUUUUGUUAUUGUCUGUUGUUCUGAAGACUUUGCAUAAUUUAUUGGUUUAAUUUAUCCUAAUUUAUUUGAUGAAGGUGUACAAUUUUGUAUUGCCAAGGAUGUACUGUAAUAUUAAUUGAUAGGAUGAAAACAGUGAGACUCCCUGUCCAUAUUGAAAAAGAAAAUCAAAAGGUGCCGUAGACAAUUGAUUUCAAAGUAAAAAGUAAAACAGUUUAGUUUGGCAGCUACUAAAUUUUAAAACAAGGAAAAAAACAAGACAGCACUGUCAUGGGGAGGGUGGGGAGGGUUUCCUUUGUGUGUUUUAAGCUUUUCUAUAAUCUCCAAACUUUGAUCUUUUGCUUUGUACCACCUAAAGGGUGCGGUAGUCCGACCGCCUUGUGUGCCUUCCAUCUUCUCUUGAACUGAAUGUAUGUGCAGUAUAUAUGCAAGCUUGCGCAGAAUAAAAUAUACAUUACAAGCUCA